CGACUGCGCCACAUCUCCGCCGAGAGUCGCCGCGGGUUCCUGCUUCAACAGUGCUUGGACGGAACCCGGCGCUCGUCCCCUCGCCCCGGCCGGCCGCUCAGAGCCAGCCCUCCGCCAUCUCCUCACAGCGUCCUCGGACCGCUCCAAGGCCCCCCGUCGCCGCUCCAGCGCCGCGCAGCCGCUGCCCGCCGCCGCCUCUCCUCAGCCGCCGCCAUGACGACCGCGUCCCCUUCGCAGGUGCGCCAGAACUACCACCAGGACUCGGAGGCCGCCAUCAACCGCCAGAUCAACCUGGAGCUCUACGCCUCUUACGUCUACCUGUCCAUGUCUUACUACUUUGACCGCGAUGAUGUGGCUUUGAAGAACUUCGCCAAAUACUUUCUCCACCAAUCUCAUGAGGAGAGGGAACAUGCUGAGAAAUUGAUGAAGCUGCAGAACCAACGAGGUGGCCGAAUCUUCCUUCAGGAUAUCAAGAAACCAGACCGUGAUGAUUGGGAGAAUGGGCUGAAUGCAAUGGAGUGUGCAUUACACUUGGAAAAGAGUGUGAAUCAGUCACUACUGGAACUGCACAAACUGGCCACUGAUAAAAAUGACCCCCAUUUGUGUGACUUCAUUGAGACUCAUUACCUGAAUGAGCAGGUGAAAUCCAUCAAAGAAUUGGGUGACCAUGUAACCAACCUGCGCAAGAUGGGGGCCCCCGAAUCUGGCAUGGCAGAGUAUCUCUUUGACAAGCACACCUUGGGAAACAGUGAUAAUGAGAGCUAAGCCUUAGGCUGUCUUCCCAGAGCCACCUGGUCCCUGAGGCCAUGCAUGCAUGUUGGGGUUACCUUUCCCUUUUCUAUAAGUUGUACCAAAACAUCUACUUAACUUCUUUCAUUUGUACCAUUCCUUCAAAUAAAGUAAUUUGGUACCCA